CAAAAAAUAAAUGAGUUUAGGGUUGAAAUAGUUAGAAUAGAAUUAAUAUAUCAUAGUAACAGCUCAGUAUAAUACUAUGUACUUCCGUAUUUAAUAAACACAAAGCAAAAUCAGUCAAAAUAGUACAAAGACUGUUAGAUAUGUUAAAGAUGAGUCAGGGAAACAUGGAGCUAUUACCAAUACCUGAGUUGUGUUUUCAGAUGUGGAACAGGUUUUCAUUUUGCAUGAGAAUGUAGAAAAGCUUGAUAACUCCUCCCAGUGUUGUUAAGCCCAACAUUCAACACCUUUUUAUAAGAGUCACAGGUAAGUCACAGUCAGACAGGUGUCACAGAGCGGUGACAUGGCUCAGAGAAGCAUUCAACUGGACCAGGAAAGAAUUUCUUGUUCCAUCUGCCUGGAUCUCCUGCAGGACCCGGUGACUAUUCCCUGUGGACACAGCUACUGCAUGAACUGUAUUAAAGCCCACUGGGACAAAGACGAUCGUGAGUGCAUCUACAGCUGUCCUCAGUGUAGGGAGACCUUCACACUGAGGCCUGUCCUGGUUAAAAGCACCACGUUAGCAGAUUUAGUGGAGGAGCUGAAGAAGACUGGACUCCAAGCUGCUCCUGCUGAUCACCGCUAUGCUGGACCUGAAGACGUGGCCUGUGAUGUCUGCACCGGGAGGACACUCAAAGCACACAAGUCCUGUCUGGUGUGUCUGGCUUCUUUCUGUGAGAGACACCUUCAGCCUCAUUAUGACGCAGCUCCGUUAAAGAAACACAAGCUGGUGGAGCCCUCCAAGGAUCUUGAGGAGAACAUCUGCUCUCUGGACACACAUAAAGGCCGUGAAGCCGUCUCAGUGGUAGGUGAAAUCGCCGUGAGGCUGACAAAGUUGAAGAGGAUUCAUCAACGCAUCCAGGAGAGAAUCCAGGGCAGAGAGGCGCAACAGCCCGAGACCAAAGCUGAAUUCUUAAAAUGCUCAUGUGAGAUCACACUGGAUCCAAACACGGCGAACAAAUAUCUGUUGUUAUUCGGGGGGGAAAGAAAAGCAACGGUAACGAUUGAACAACAGCUUUAUUCUAGUCACCCAGACAGAUUCACUGAUCUCUGGCAGGUCCUGAGUAGAGAGAGUCUGACUGGACGCUGUUACUGGGAGGUGGACUGGGGAAGGAGACCGGGUAACGUAGCAGUCGCAUACAAGACCAUCAGCAGAGCCGGGAGGUCCAAUGAAUGUGUGUUCGGGGGAAAUGAUAAAUCUUGGGCGUUGUAUUGCGGCAACAUGAGUUACACCUUUCUGCACAACAAUGUCCAGACCCCCGUCUCAGGGCCUUGGUCCUCCAGAGUGGGAGUGUACCUGGAUCACAGUGCAGGUGUUCUGUCCUUCUACAGCGUCUCUGAUGACACCAUGACCCUCCUCCACAGAGUCCAGACCACGUUCACUCAGCCACUCCACGCUGGACUCUGGUUCAAUUAUUACAAAGACACGGCUGAGUUGUGUCAACUGAAAUAGACAGAAGGCUUUUAAGGGUUCAAU